AUGCCUAAAUUUUCAGGUAUUUCGUCGACUUCUUUUGCAUCAAAAAAGAUAAGACGUUGGGAUGUUAUACAGAAUGUAAUGGAUGGUGUGCCAAUUAGAAUUUGUAGCUAUAAUGUACUCUGUCAGCAAAACGCGCUUAAAUCUCCGAAACUAUACGCUCAUCUCAUAAAAUCAAAGCGUGCAAAUGAAUUAAUGUGGGAAAAUCGAUGGGAAUUACUGAAACGUGAAUUUUCAAUGAUUGAUGCAGAUAUAUUUUGUUUGCAAGAAGUGCAAUUCGAUCAUUACGAUCAGUUUUUCGAGCCUUUUUUCAAAACUGAAGGUUAUCUUGGUAAAUACAAGAAACGAACGCGAGAAAUGGUUGACGGUUGUGCUGUUUUUUACAAAAAUUAUAUCCAGUUGCUUCAUUACCAUUAUAUAGAGUAUUAUUUCGGUGUUAACUCAGUGCUAGAUAGAGAUAAUGUCGGUCAGUUGUUUCGUUUGAAAGAUAUGAGGACUCAACGGGAUCUAUGCAUAUUUAAUACGCAUUUGUUAUUUAAUAAGUGGCGAGGAGAUGUUAAACUUGCUCAAGUUGCUAUUUCACUUGCCAACAUUGAUAAAGAAUGUGGUCCAGAAUCAGGUAAAGAAUGUCCUUAUAUAUUGUGUGGUGAUUUUAAUAUUGAGCCACAUAGUCCAUUGUAUAACUUUAUCAUGAAAGGAGGGAUUUCUUUUGCUAAUCUUCGCCAAGGUGAUGUUUCUGGUCAAGGCAGCACUGGUGGACCUUUUGUUUCAGUUAAUCUAUUACCUGAAGAUAUAAAAAUUGCGAGAAACUGUCGAUUUAAAGAUUUGCAUAGUCGCACCAUGAAAUUUCCUCCAGAAAAUUGUUGGAGUCAUCCUCUGAAUUUUGAUAGCGUGUAUCAGCAAGCUGACAAAGGCAUGAAGCAAACAGUCUCUACUUAUCAUAGUGUAGAAUGGGCUAAUCCUGAUUUCAUAUUUUAUUCCGUCGGGUCUAAAAGUUUAAAGCAUGCUUCUGCAAAUGGAUUGAAGCUCAUCCGACGUCUGUCUCUACCGCAUAUAAAUCAGCUGGUUGGUACUUUAGGACCAUGGCCGAAUUCAGUUACUCCUUCAGAUCAUAUUCCACUUAUCGCGGAUUUCAUUUUAUAA